AAGGUUUGGGUUCAGUAGAUGAAAGAUCUACGUCCUUUCAUACCAGUAAACAACAGUUUAAAAAAUGAAGUCUACAAUCUGUGUAAUCCUUGCUGUUCAUGGCAUCAUGGCAUUCGUCACCGCGGAAUCAGUUGUAAAGGCGGACGCAAGAGACAUUGAUUUGGGAGAAUCCACUUAUCAAUGUCCGGACGGGCUUUUUGUGGCUCCGCACGAAACGCGAUGUGAGUUGUACUACCUCUGUUCUGCUGGCGGUGUCCCAACUCACUUGUACCAAUGCAGGGACGACUUAUUGUUCGAUCUCACUUAUUACGGAUGCAAUUUCAAGGAAUUAACGGAUUGUGGUGACCGUCUCUCGCCAUUUACCUGCCCAUCUCCCGAUGGUUUUUUUCCCAUCAAAGAAGGAGCAUGCAGUUCCCAAUACUACGUUUGCCUCAACGGCGUCGCUGAAUUAGAAACGUGUCCGACUGGAAUCUUUGACGCGUCCUCAUCGUCCUGUGUAGCAACAUCCUGCGCAACGACCACGACCCAUGCAGUACCCACGGCACCAGGCUCGUUUGAGUGUCCAGCGCCAAAUGGAAAUUUUGCCAGUCCGUAUUCUUGCUCGCAGUACUAUGUGUGUGUCGACGGAACAGCUUUCCUUUACGAAUGCCCUGCCGGACUUUACUAUAAUCCUGCCCUUAACAUCUGCGACUGGCCCGCCAACGUUAACUGCAACCUGUGAAUUUGGGCGGAAAAGAGGAUUCCAGACGUAAAGAAGCCACUAAGCCAGAAAUUUUAUUCUCGUUUCAUUUAGAAAAGAAAAUUUUUCAUUAUCUUUUUACUUACUAGGUUAUGCUAAUCAUAUCAAUACAAACGUAAUAUAAUGUCUAACAAAUAACACAUUAGUUACGUUGAAAGCAUUA